CUCAUCUCAAAGAACUUCAAAUCUUCGAUACAUAACUUGACAUGCUCAAGACCUCUAUACUUCGUACAUCGCCCGCAAUAUCGAGCCAGUAUACUUUAGGGUUGGCACGAUCACUGAAACUUGUUGAUGUUAAUGGGGUUUUUCAAUCCCGCCACCACAUCUAUAGUCGGAGGGCGAUUUCCUCUAGCGCCCCGACAAGGAAUGGUCUAUCGGACGAAAAGGCCCAAGCAAGCGCUGUAGGUCCUCAUCUUCAGCAACGGCCCUCAGCUGUCACCACUAGCGAGACCCACCACGCACAUGGAAACGCCGUAGUAACCGGUGAUUGGGUCUUAUUCCAUCCUGUUUACACGCCCGAAGAACUCAAAGCAGUUGAGGUGCUCGAACUGCAGCUCCUAUCACGAAAUAUAUGCUUAGCUUACAUGACUUCUUUAAGGUCCUUCACCGCGACGCGACGUGUUUUUCAGACCGAAUGGCAGUCAACCUCGUAAGAUUGAGCAGAUGGGGUUAUGAUCUCGUUACCGGAUACAAACACAGGACCAUUCCUCCUGGAAAAGAGAUGACCUUAGCUCAACUCCGGAAAGAGGGUUAUCUACUCGACGACAAAGCGUGGUUAAGCCGAAUUCUUUUUCUGGAGUCUAUAGCAGGAGUCCCUGGGAUGGUCGCUGCCACAAUAAGGCAUCUGACAAGUCUCCGACUUAUGCGCCGCGACAAUGGAUGGAUACACACAUGCUUAGAAGAGGCCGAGAAUGAAAGAAUGCAUCUCAUGACUUUUAUGACGUUGCGAAAGCCAUCGAUCUUCUUCCGUGCAAUGAUCCUUGGAGCCCAAGGCGUUUUCUAUAAUUUAUUCUUUCUUUCAUACCUGGUCUCACCCCGGAUCUGUCAUCGUUUCGUGGGCUACUUGGAAGAGGAGGCGGUCGUGACAUAUACAAAAUGCAUCAAGGAUAUCGAAGCCGGACAUGUCCCGGAGUGGUCCGACCUACCUGCCCCGAAAAUUGCUAUCGAUUAUUGGCGUUUACCUGCAGACGCCAAACUUCUAGACGUCAUUUACGCCGUACGCUCUGACGAAACAACCCACCGGUUCGUCAACCAUAGUCUGGCCAAUCUGAAUGGGAAAACCGACGUCAACCCCUUCGCGCUGAGGGAGCCUGACAUGCAUAUGAAAGGAAAGAACAUCGCCUUUGAUAGGGCCGAAUCCGAAGCCUACUUGGAAGAGUCCCAUAAAUUCUUUCAGGAGCAGUAUGAGGCUACUAUGAAGGCUGAGAAGAAGACUGAGGGCCAAUAA